AUGUUAACUUGCUCUGAUCCAACUCCGCUUGCGUUUUUUCCAAUUUACAUACCCAACACACAAAGCUCAAGCAACUGUAAAUAUCGCAAAGUUCUCGAUCUGGCUAUGAAUAAAACCGAUAAUCAGGAAGUGCUUAGUAAGUUCAGAAGAAUAAAAGGAACGAUAGAUAAAGAAAGGAUUUUAUUUGACUGGGAAACCUUGAUGCAUCAAAAAACUGCGAUUUUAGUUCGCCGUUCUGUACAUAAUACGAAUUUUAAUAUUCAUGAAGAGAUAAACACGUUUGCGCAAAAUGAAAAACCAUCAACAAAACACGCUAGAAUUGAUAAA